AUGCAAUACAUCAAGUCCUUCGACACCAAGUCUCUCCUCUCAAUCAUUGAAUUGAAAUACAAUGCUUACGAACAGAUACAAAAUUCAAAAGCAUUUGUGAAAGUUCUUCACAUUCUCUUAUUUCUAGGAAAUUAUAUGAAUCGAGGAAAAACCAAACUUGAAGACGCUCAAGGAUUUCAUUUGAACAUUCUUCCGAAAUUGAGUGAUACCAAAGCACAACACAAUUCAAAAACCUACACAUUAAUUCACUUUCUUGCAGAAACUUUAAAGAAAGAUAGUAAUGACCUCUAUAAUUUUGAAGCAAAUCUUGAGAAUUAUGUUUGUAAUCCAGAUAUUGUCAACACGAGUUUGGAAACGAUACAACUCAAUUUGAAAGAACUCGAAACUGUGAAAGAUUAUUUCCUUGAAAAUCGGCAGCUCUUGCUUGCUGGAGAUGAGGCUAAAACAGAGCAUGAUGAAGUUUUGUGUAAAAACUUUUCAUCAUUCUUGGCCCAAUGUGAAGAAUCAGUGUCACAAGUUCAAAAAGCGUUCAAUAAGCUUCAAAAUAGCUUUACGAUGGCCUGUGACUUUUUCCAUUUCAAUUAUGAUGAGGUCGCUUCACAAACGAAUGGAAGUGGCAGUGAUCAAUUAUUGGUCAUCAUACGAGACUUUAUCAUUCAAUUCAAGAAAGCAAAGGAAGACAUUGAAAAGGAAGAGAAGAAAAAUUCGCAACCAUCAACACCUUCGCGUAGGGGCUCAGUCAUGAUGCGGGUACAAUCGAUUUCUGAAAUGAAAGUGGAAGCUCCUUCUUCAUCGACGACGAUGACAAGUUCGCCCUUAUCGACCUCCCCAACAUUAACUCAUCACAAUGACACGAUUAUUCGGAAUUACCGCAACCGAAGAAAACAUAGCCUUAAAUCUAAGAGUUUUUCAUCAUUUGCAGAGUUGCAAGCAGACUUGGGACAACAGACAGCCACCCAAUCCUCACCAACCUCAUCCACGAAUACCAUCCCCACAGAAAGUGAAACCAUGGUUGAUUCCAACAUUAGGUGUAGAGAAUAA